AUGGAAGACAUGAUACGUGAUCUUGCGCAAGAGGGAUUUUUGGAAGCUCAUGCACCCUAUUAUGAAGAUUUGGAAACAGAUUCCAAGUUAUCGUUGUACUUCGGGUGCACAACUUUCACUCGGUUAUCUGCAGUGCUAGCUUUGGUCAACUUGAAGGCUAGAUUUGGGUGGAGUGACAAAAGUCUGACUGAGUUGCUUGUCUUAUUGAAGAAUAUGCUUCCCAAUGAUAACAAGUUACCAAAUAGUCACUACGAGGCUAAGAAGAUAUUAUGUCCUGUGGGUCUGGAGUACAAGAUGAUUCAUGCUUGCCAUAAUGAUUGCGUGUUGUACAGAAAAGAGUUUGCCGAAUUGCGGAAUUGCCCAACAUGUGGGGUAUCACGAUACAAACAAAAUGACGGGGAAUACACUGAUGAUGUAGCCACAUCCAACCCUCGUCCAACAAAGGUUUGUUGGUACCUUCCAAUUAUACCAAGGUUUAAGCGAUUGUUUGCUACUGCACACGAUGCUUCUAACCUUAAAUGGCAUGCAAUUGACAGAAUAAAUGAUGGGUUUCUCCGACAUCCAGCUGAUUCUCCACAGUGGAAGACAAUUGAUAACUUGUAUCCUGAAUUUGGAGCGGAACCAAGAAACCUUCGACUUGGUCUUGCUUCGGAUGGCAUGAAUCCAUUUGGUAACUUGUCCAUUAAUCACAGUUCAUGGCCUGUUUUGCUAAUGAUUUACAACCUUCCUCCUUCGUUAUGCAUGAAGCGCAAAUACAUUAUGUUGUCUAUGAUGAUAUCGGGUCCAAGACAGCCAGGAAACGAUAUUGAUGUGUACCUUACUCCUUUGAUUGGAGACAUGCGCAAGUUGUGGGUAGACGGGGUUGAUGUGUAUGAUGCAAAUCAGGGUAAGACUUUCAGGUUGCAUGCGAUGAUAUUUUGCACCAUCAAUGACUUUCCAGCUUAUGGGAAUUUGAGUGGAUAUAGUGUGAAAGGUCACCAGGCUUGUCCAAUUUGUGAGCAAAACACAAGUUUCAUCCAACUUAAACAUGGGAAGAAGACAGUUUAUACACGACAUCGUAGGUUUUUAAAACAUUAUCACCCUUAUCGACGAUUGAAGAAAGCAUUUAAUGGUAGCCAAGAGACUGAAGAACCCCCAGAACCGUUAGCUCCCCAUGAAGUGUAUGAUCGGGUGAAAGACAUCGUAACUGUUUUUGUGGUUGUGCGUGGUAUUUUGCCUAAAAAGGUAAGGGUUGCGAUCAACCGCUUGUGCUUUUUCUUUAAUGCAAUCUGUCGUAAGGUCAUUGACCCAAAACAAUUGGAUGAUUUGGAGAACGAGGCAGCCAUUAUCCUAUGUCAAUUAGAAAUGUACUUUCCUCCAUCGUUUUUUGACAUCAUGGUUCACUUAAUUGUUCAUCUUGUACGUGAGAUUCGGUUGUGUGGGCCCGUGUUUUUACGAUGGAUGUAUCCAGUUGAACGUUACAUGAAGGUGUUGAAAGGAUAUACAAAAAAUCUAUAUCGACCAGAGGCUAGCAUUGUUGAACGAUACGUUGUUGAGGAAGCUAUUGAGUUUUGUUCACAAUAUAUAGAAAUGGCUACACCAGUGGGACUUCCUCAAAGUCGUCAUGGCUCCACCAUGGAAGGUAGGGGCACACGGGGGUUCAAUGUUGUAACCAUGGAUCGCCAACAGUUGGCACAAGCUCAUCUAUAUGUAUUACACAACACAGCUGAGGUAAUCCCUUACAUAGAUGCUCACAAACAACAUCUGUGUCGUAUUCACCCAAAAAUGAACAUGAUGAGGUUGUUGCAAGAGCACAAUAGAACUUUCAUAUCAUGGUUUAGACAAACAAUCUUCGCCGAUGACAGUGCUUCAGACACAUUAAGAUUGCUAGUUGUGGGUCUAAAUAUGAAUGUUCCAACUUGGAAGGGAUAUGAUAUCAAUCAAUAUUCUUUCUACACAAAGUCCCAGGAUGAUAAAAGUAGUGUGCAGAAUAGCGGGGUCAGUGUUGAUGGUCAAUCAGAGCACUUUUGUAGUGCUGCUGACAAUAAUCCCAUUGAAGCUUGCAUGCCUUACUAUGGAGUCAUUGAAGAGAUUUGGGAGGUUGAUUACGGUGAAUUUAGAGUACCUCUUUUCAAAUGUAAGUGGGUCAAUGGAAACACAGGUGUGCGUAAAGACAAAAUGGGAUUCACUUUAGUAGACCUUAAAAAAGUUGGUUACAAGGACGACCCAUUCAUAAUGGCAGCGCAAGCUCGACAAGUGUUUUAUGUAGAAGAUCCAUGCGACUCUAGAUGGGCAGUGGUUUUGCAAGGGAGAACAAUUUGUAUCGGUCACCAUGUUGAUGGAUCAACACUUGAUGUCACUGACAUGCUAUCUUUCUCCAAAGAUAUGCCUUCAAGUACUGUUGAACAAGAAGAGGAUGAUGUAUAUGCAAAUCGUACUGAUCAUGACGAGGGUUUAUGGGAGAACAUUCGUACGGCCAUGGAAACACCACCACCGUCCCCGCCACAAUCAGAAAACCCUCCUGAGGUUACUUCGAAAAGGACAAGACAAUCCACGAGGCUCAGAAGUUUGACGUUUAGAUGCUUAGAUGGCCCAUGGCCAGUUGUGAACGUGAAUCCGGCUACAGGUAGAGGGUCAGGGCCUCAUAAAGAGAUAUUUCACAGUUAUUUAGGGGUUGUCGCAAGGGAAAAAGUUCCUAUUGUACACACGAAUUGGAAUGUUGUCCCCGACAAUCUAAAGAGCUUAAUAUGGAAAGAUAUUUUGCGCAAAUUUGAUAUCCCUGAAGGUCAACAAAUAUCUGAUCCUACAGCCAAGUAUGGCCUUGAUCCAGAAACAUAG